AUGGGCAUAUUGGAUCCCAGCUAUAGGUUCUUUGUGAAUAAGGCGGGGACAGGGGCGCUGUCGUUCAAGGUUGAAAAAAAAGUCGCUAUCGUGGGAGGGGACCCAUUGUGUGAGACAGAAACGAUUGCUGAUCUCUUAACGGAGUUCGCGGCAUAUCGGCGUCAGCAUCACUGGGGAUUAGCUUUCAUGGGAGUAAGCGAGUCAUUUGCGCGAAAUCACGCCCAGGCACAAGGAUGGACAACUUUACGAUUUGGAACAGAGCGUGUCCUGAAUCCUCGGACAAAUGAUGUGCUGUUGGGGCAUAGCGGCAAGCGGAUCGCGGUACAGAGCCGACAAUUGCUGCACCAGCAAAAAGGCGGAAUUACAAUCGGAGUUUAUGCGCCUGCAACUCAUGGAGCAAACCCUCAGCUGCAGACAGACCUGGUAGCGAUAUACGACUCCUGGCGUGCGGAUCGUAAUCGCUCCGGUGCCCCGCAAGCCUUCAUCACCGUCUAUGAUCCUUUCUCACUGCCAGCUCUCAUGACAUUUGUGUACACUCGUGGCCCCGACGGCCGUCCCAACGGUUUUGCUGCCCUGCGUCGUCUCGGCACUGUUGGUUAUCACGUUGAUCCAUGUAUCGCGAUGCCAGGGAGUGCAAGAGGCAUUAGCGAUCUGCUCCUCGUUGCUGUUAUGGGCUUACUUAAUCGCAUUGGCAUCUCGUGUCUUGGUUUUGGCUUCGAACCCAUCCAAGAAAUUUCCCAGGAGGAUAUUACAGGCAUGUCCCGUCCACUCGGUCGUCUGACUCGUGGCCUCUAUCGCCAUAUGUUUAAUCGCCUGGACAUCCGCGGUAAAAAGCCUUAUCACGAUAAGUUUCGGCCGGAUCUGCCUCAGGAUUCUGCACUAUAUAUCGUUAUCCCGAAAGGCGUUUCUGAUCUACAAGGUUUGCUUGCCAUCAUGUGUAUGGCAAAUGUCAGUUUGCGCAAGGUGUUAUGGGCGGAUAUUCGAGCUUGCGUUCCCAGGGGUAGAAUUAAGUCUCGCCCUAGAGCUUCUCCUGGUAUUGGUGGGUGCUGA